ACCCCGGGGCUGGGAGAAGAAACACCGGCCGGUCCUCCACUGUCAAGCCGGGCUUCAGUGGGGCGACAGGCCCGGCCCCGCCAUCCUUCUAGGCCUCGGUUUAGGGCGCAGGGCUGGUUUGGGAGGCCCUUCUGCGGACGCUGCGUACCCAACCCGGCAGUUUCCAGUGGCCAGAGGUGCAGAUGGUUGUCCAGUGGGAGGGGUGGUUCUGGACAACUAGGAGAGGGUUUGUCCUUCUCGAGCCGGAAACUGCUUUUGAAUAUUGCCGCCGGCGCAGUCAAGUGGGCCAGCGGAAAUAGCUGUUGGUUAAACGUGCAGGUGCGCUUGAGGAGGGGCCGAGACAGCUAGGAUGGCCAGAGGGUGGUGGGUGCGUUUAGUAAACACACCGGUGCUGCAGAAACCUUGUGUGCCCCUGCCGCAUUGGGCACCUCAGGUUAGAAACCCUUGCCUGGGGCGAUAGUUCAGAAAAGGCCAAGUCGAUCUGCUUAGCCGGCCUUCUAUUGCUAAAUUAGCUUACACUGUCCAUCUUCCCAAAAGGCUUGCCUUGUCGAACCAGCUACCUUGACCCCGUCUGAGACAAAAAGUUUCCUUUCUAAUAACUGUAAUAACUACUCCUGGAAAGAAAGCCUUCUGUGUUAGCUUUUGCAGUGACUUCUUCUGUUAUUUGUAUCGUGUUACAAAUGUGGAUUUACUGCUAUUAUUCAAAUUUAUCCCUAGCCCCUUUAUUAAAUAUCAGUGUACAUUCAUAUUCCGACCCUGUCCUAGUUCAUGCUGCCAAAUGAUUUAUUUAGUUCUUUCCUCUGGCGUAUUUAUAAAGCUGCCUUAACACUUCCUAUGGUUUGUAAGUCUUAGAUCUUCUGCAUAAAGUUAUUUUUCACCUCUCUUCCGCCCAUUUUUUGCUAUAAGAUGAGCUCCAUCCAUUCAGAAUUUCAUGCGGGGUAUGGGGUGCCAUGGAUCAACGAUCCUAAAUCAGUAACCUGUGUAUUGAAGUCACUCCUAAGAAGUGAUGCUUUCUGAAUUCAGAACUCAAAAGAAGUAUGGGUUUUUCUCCUUUCCUUUGAUUCUGACUGCAGUUUCUUUAUUUUUCUUGUUUUUUAUUUUUUAUUUUUAUUUUUUAACUUGUAUUUAUUUUUUGAGACACAAAGAGCAUGAGCGGAGGAAGGGCAGAGAGAGAGGGAGACACAGAAUCCGAAACAGGCUCCAGGCUCUGAGCUGGAGCACAGAGCCCAAUGCGGGGCUAAAACUCAGGAACUGUGAGAUCAUGACCUGGGCCGAAGUCAGACUUUAACUGAUUGAGCUACCCCUGCCUGACUGCAGUUUCUAAAUAGUUUCCUCUAGAAUAUGAUUGUAUGUCUCCAAAAUGUGCUGUCAUUUGGUGUAAGUGAACUUUAUAUUUAAUGUGUGUAGCCUGAUCCUUCUUAGUUCAUGUCUAAACGCUUCACAGACUUCCCUUCCCCUUCUCCCAAAAAGGCAGGGAAAGCCCAGAGAGAAUGCUUACAAGUCUAGUUAGUGUAUUUUUCCAAAUAUGAAAUGUAUUUAGUAAACACAACAGUGCUAUCAAAAAUCCAGUCUUAAUCUCAAGUACUCUCUUUUUGUAGUUUUUUUUCUAUAUAUAUUUUUUUCUAAUUAAGAUCUUUGAGCCCAGAACAAGCAUUCCAGCUUCUGUAGUAACUAGUAUAAUUGUUUCCUUAUGUAUCCAUCAUAGCUACUGUUAAUUUCUUAUCUUGCAGAACAGCUGAUAUCUGCUUAUAGAUGUAGAGUUUGAGUAAGCGAUAACUAUGUGAAGCAACACUGUUUCUGGAUUUCAAAAGACAUCAUUUCAUCAUGGGACAGCAAAUUUCGGAUCAGACACAGUUGGUUCUUAGCAAGUUACCAGAAAAAGUAGCAAAACAUGUCAUAUUGGUUCGAGAAAGUGGCUCCUUAACUUAUGAAGAAUUUCUUGGGAGAGUAGCUGAACUUAAUGAUAUAACUGCUAAAAUGGUUUCUGGCCAGGGAAAACAUCUUGUUUUUGAGGUACUCCCUCGGUCUGAUUCCUCUGCCUUAUGGAAAAUGGUUGUACGGGUGAUCUGUACCAAGAUUAACAAAAGCACUGGCAUUGUGGAAGCAUCACGGAUCAUGAAUUUGUACCAGUUUAUUCAGCUUUAUAAAGACAUCACAAGUCAAGCAUCAGGAGUAUUGGCAAUGAGCUCCACCUCUGAAGACCCUGAUGAAAACUCAUCAUCUGUAACAUCGUGUCAGGCUAGUCUUUGGAUGGGAAGGGUGAAGCAGCUGACUGACGAGGAGGAGUGUUGUAUCUGUAUGGAUGGUCGAGCUGACCUCAUCCUGCCUUGUGCUCACAGCUUUUGUCAGAAGUGCAUUGAUAAAUGGAGUGAUCGACACAGGAAUUGCCCUAUUUGUCGCCUACAGAUGACUGGAGCAAAUGAAUCUUGGGUGGUGUCAGAUGCACCCACUGAAGAUGAUAUGGCUAACUAUAUUCUUAACAUGGCUGAUGAGGCAGGCCAGCCCCUUAUACCAUGACCUUGGGGUGAAGGUCUUCUGUUGCUAUUACAAGCUGCAAACACUUUGGUCAUGGGGGAAGAAUGCAGGGAUAUUGUGGCACAGACGCAGAGAUAUCAAUUUUCCCUACCCUCUUAUUUUCGCUGUUCUGACAGUUUGUCCCAUUUCUUUUGAUAAACUUGCUAUGUCUUCCAUUUAUAGUAAACUAAAAUUUGCUACUGUUUUAGACCAUAUUUUUCUAUUAUUUAUCUGUUCUAAUAUAUAUUAGAACUAAUUGCUCUUGAAUCCUUUGCUGAAGUAACAGCAACAUUUCCAGAGACUUCUGAAACACUAUUUUUCAGGGCAGGAGUAUUCUGGGAUCUAUUUAGUUAGGUUUAAAAUAAACUUUGAAUGUUAAAAAGUGUAGCCAUCUGAGAGAAAAUUUGAAGUGACUGAAAAUGUAGAGUAUAUCAAAGUGCAGGUUACUACUUUAGUCUUUCUGCUGGAAUCUAAGGAGUGUGUAUGCCCCCUUGUGGUUAAUUAUUGCUCCUUUAAUAAUUUUUACUUGAAACGAUCCACAAUUAUUUCAUAACUGUAGCAAUGUGUUUUUGGAACUACAUGUUUUUUACUUAAAAGUCUUUUUUUUUUUCCAUGCUGUGUAAUUUGGGUGAGGACUAUAAAGCUGGGCGUGACUUCGCCUUGUAAAUGGAUUUCUGCUGGGGAAUCUUCUUGGCUGAUCUGGAAAUGCUUUCCCAUAGUUGGAAAACUGUUCUAAAUAGCUUUUGAUAAUGCUCUUGCAUCUUGGAGUUUCAGAAGGAAAUUUUUCUUCUUCACAGAUCCUGAAUUUUGUAUUUCCAAAUUAUGGUAAAUCAUUCAAUAUUGGUUCAUGGUGCCUUUAUUUUCUUAACUUGAAGGCAUCUUUCUGAAGUCUCAAAGUCUUUAAAUUUCUUAUGUCAUUAAGUGAGAAGAACAUAGGGUACAGCCUUUUAAACGUGUACCAUGAACACCUCUGAAAAUCAGGAGAUAAUUUGGCUUUCUACUGUUUCACUGUACUUCCUUUGAAAUACUCAGAGAGUAUAGUCAUAAUGGAAUUAUGAUUUUUAGUGACACUUCAUUUUUCAAAAAUUUUGCUUAUAAAGUAAACUUUUUGUUUUAUGUUAAGCAUUAACAUAUUAGCAUAUAAUAAAACUAGAACCUGAUGUCUCCUUUAAAAGAUACAUUAACAUUCCAUGUAACUUUUUUGACUUAUUAUGCAUAAUUGCAAAUAUUACUAUUUUCCAAAAUACCAAAGUACACAAUUUAAGUUGCUGCUUAAUGAUGGCAGAAUUUUUGGAUUUUGGGAUUUUUUAAACUAUUUUUUAAAGUUUAUUUAUUUAUUUUGAGAGAGAGAGCAAGCAGGGGAGGGGCAGAGAGACAGAGAGAGAGAGAAAAUCCCAAACAGGCUCUGUGCUGUCAGUACAGAGCCUGACACAGGCCCAAACCCACAAACUGCGAGAUCAUGACCUGAGCCAAGAUCAAGAGUCAGACACUUAACCAACUGAACCACCUGGGUGCCCCUGGAUAUCAGGAUUUUAAUAGGCAUGCAAAUUAAAUAAUUCAUUUCCCUCCCAAAAAUGUCUGACCAAAGAUAGCUUGAUUUUACCCCCAAAAUAUUGGUAACUAAUUGGUUGACAUUCAUGAUGGAGACAGCCCAGGACCAAAUAGCUAAACACCACUGUGGAGCACGAGGGGCUCUAUCAUAUCCACCUGGCAAUGUGCUUGAUGGUUUGUGUGACCUUGAGAAAGUCCCUGCUGCUGGUUUGUAGGUUCCUACGUUAGAAACUGAGAUGUUAUCUGUGCUUUUUACACUUUAUUUUAGCAGUAGAACUUUUUUUUCCCCCCAGGUAAAAUCUUACUCAGAACCCCUACACAUACAUGCUAUAUACCCACACACACUACCCCUCUAUAUAAAAGUCAUAUUUUAUUAAUAUAAAUUUCCUUAUAUAACUAUAUACCACAAUAAAUAUUAUAAAGUCAACCAAUAAAAACAUGUAUUAAUGCAUUGGUGGUAUCCAGGAUAUUCGAAUUUAUUUAGUAAUGUAGUUGUAUGAUGGGAGUUAUUUUUUAAAUGAAUUUUUUUUAAUGUUUGUUUAUUUUUGAGGGAGAGAGAGACAAUGCGAGCAGGGGAGGAGCAGAGAGAGAGGGAGACACAGAAUCUGAAGCAGGCUCCAGGCUUUGAGCUGUCAGCACAGAACCUGACGUGGGGCUCAAACUCACAAACCACGAGAUCAUGACCUGAGCCAAAAUCAGACACUUAACCGACUGAGCCACCCAGGAACCCCCCGCCCCCACCAAAAAUUUUUUAAUUCAAGUCAGAUUUGUAGAACCCUGAAUCUCCUCCCCAAAGUCUUAGUAUCCCAUGGGACAGAUUUUGAAAACCUUGGGAUAGGUGAUCUCUGAGAUCUUUUCCAGCUCUAAGAUUUUAAAUUGUCCUUUUGGAUUAGACUUGCUGAGUCUAACUCAGAUUGCCUAAUUGAAGAAUGUUUCUGAAAAUGAACAAAGUUGCUUUACAUGUUUUUGGAACUUUCCAGGUAUAGCCAAUGAUCUUAUCCCCCAGAAUCCUUCACCUUUCAAGGAAUUAUUUAACAGUAAGCCCAACGACCUGAUAUUGCCCAAACCUUUUUACUUUCCAAUAUGAGCUCCAAGACACUAACUGAUCUACUGUGAAGUAGAAAGUUCUUAGUUUUUGUUAGUCUUAUUAAAUCAAUGAGCACAGGUUUUUGCCUACUGCAUUAACUGGGUGAUAAUUCUUUAGAUGUGAAUGUUAGGUAGGUUCUACUAUUAUAACUAAUCAUAAAAGUUGUAAAUUUGUUUCAUGGAUAAAAUGUACACUUUUUGUAUUCUGUACAGCUUUGUCUUUUUUAAAUAUGAAGUACUUAAAUGCACUUACUAUGAUAGGAAAUAAAUGUGUGCCUUCUAGGA